UUUCGUUCCUCGCGCCAGGCGUCAGGUGAUUCAUUCUUCGCUUUCUCGUGCUCGUGUUCACAUUCACAUCGUUGUCUUGCGUGUUUCGACGAUUUUGGUAUCUGAGCCUUUUUCGCCCGUAUGUAAUUUUUUACUACACAUGGGCAAGUCCAACAAGCGGCAUCGCUCUAGGAGCAGGGGGACGUCAAAAAGCGACCUACGAAAACGCCUUCGUAGGCUUGAGAGACUUUUAGAGGAUAAGGAAAAUGUGGACGGCGGCCAUGACAGGCAGUCUCGGCCUCCUUUUCCUGCUAUUAAUAGAAGAUCGGAUUCCCGGUCUAAACGCGACUGCUCUGAUUGCAGUUACAGCAGCGUUGAAAGCUUAAGCAUUGCUGAUGUUCCAUCAACAAGUAGGCAUCUUAGACGAAGACGUUCUUUGUCUGCUGAGGCUUCGUUAAGCCUUUCGCCUGCUCCUUCUUUAAGGGCAGGUGACAAAUCCCAGACUUCUUUAAGUCUUUCUCCUCACUGUGAGGCUGAGGACCUACACGGAGCGGAUGGUAGACCAAAGCCUAGAGCUCCUUUGAACUCGACUAACGGCCCUGAGACCGAAUUGGAAGAAAAUGUACUCAUCAUCGACGACGGCUCUUUAGCCCUUGAUGAUUUUGGAGACGUUUUAGGAAAUGAUUGCCCUAGUACUCCAGUUAAGGCGGACUGUUUACAUGAGGCACUUUCCUCAAGGUGGAACUACAUUGUAACAAAUGGCCUUUCGCAGGAAAAUUUACUUUCCUUAACUCAACGUUAUGCAGUCCCGGAGAACUGUCCGACACUUAACUCACCUAAGCUAAAUCCCGAAGUUUUAGCAAUUUUGGCCAACGAUCGGGUGGCUCGGGACAAUUUUAAUAAAAGUAUCCAAACGAAACUCGCAACUGUUUUGGGAGCUAUGGGAAAGUCUUUGACAGCUUUGCUGAAUGACAAUCCUAUUCCAAAAAAGUUACGUGAUGAAAUUGUAGCCCCUUUGGGUGAUGCUAGUCGUUUACUGGCGCACACCUUUCACGACAUCUCUGACUCUAGGCGUAAUUUGAUUUUACCAACCCUUAACAAAAACAUUAGGGAGGUUCUAGGGAGAACUAAACCAGGAGAUUUCCUUUUUGGAUCAGAUGUUUCAGAGAGCGUCAGGGAAGCUAAGUCUCUACAGAACGCAGGAAAGGAAUUAAAGGCGGCUACUCCUUUGCAAUUCUCAGCUUCAUACAGAGGUGGUAGGAACUCUGGGCGAAUUCGUUUGAAGCCUGUGUUCACAUCAGCGAAAGACCAGCGUUCUUUAAACCGUUACGGCCCGACUCGUCAAAAGGGACAGUCGAGAUCAUUCCGAGGCCAGCAGUCCCAUCAGAAGCAGGGGAAAUACAGACGAUAGAG